UGCUUAUGUUUUACUGUGUUUUUAGUUUAGUCUCUUUUUCUUCUCGGUAAGGUCUCCUGUGAUGGCAGGCGGUCUCUUCGCUGUGGACAGGAAGUGGUUCUGGGAGCUGGGAGGAUAUGACACGGGUCUGGAGAUCUGGGGGGGAGAGCAGUACGAGAUCUCCUUCAAGGUGUGGAUGUGUGGCGGCCAUAUGGAGGACAUUCCCUGCUCACGCGUGGGUCACAUCUACAGAAAAUACGUUCCCUAUAAAGUGCCGGGUGGAGUGAGUCUCGCCAGGAAUCUGAAGCGUGUGGCCGAGGUGUGGAUGGACGAGUAUGCAGAGUAUAUCUACCAGCGGAGGCCGGAGUACCGACACCUGUCUGCCGGAGACGUGUCCGCGCAGAAGCAGCUGAGGAGCCGGCUGAGCUGCAGGAGUUUCCGCUGGUUCAUGACGGAGGUGGCCUGGGAUCUGCCCAAACACUAUCCUCCGGUGGAGCCUCCGGCCGCUGCGUGGGGAGAGCUGCGUAACGUCGGCUCCGGUCUCUGCAUGGAGAGCAAACACUUCUCCUCGGGCUCCCCGAUCCGUCUGGAGAAGUGUCUGAAGGGACGAGGCGAGCCGACCUGGAGUCACGGUCAGGUCUUUACGUUCGGAUGGAGAGAAGACGUACGGGUGGGAGACCCGCUGCACACUAAGAAGGUCUGCUUCGACGCCGUGUCACACAACAGCCCCGUGACGCUCUACGACUGCCACGGGAUGAAGGGGAACCAGCUGUGGGCCUACAGGAAGGAUAAGAGCCUCUAUCACCCCAUCAGUAACAGCUGCGUUGACUCUGAUGCUGCACAGAAGCGGAUCUUCAUGAACUCCUGCGAUCCCUCGUCUCUCAGCCAGCGGUGGCUCUUCCAGAACACCAACGCCACGGUCUUAGACUCCUUCAACAGCAAUCACAACGAGUAAUGCUGCCAAUAUGAACAUGAGAAUCCACCGGGCAGCUGAUGCCGGCGAGAGCUUUGUGAUCACGAUGUGCCGCUGCUCUCCGAAGAGAAACGUUCCUGUGCCUUUACUGAACCGAUGAAACUCUGUUCUGAUUGUCUGACUCCAAACCGCUGGGAAAGCUGAAGCUCUGUGCUUCUCUCCACACUCCCAUCAUCAUCAUCUUCAUCACUUCUGCUGACUUUCACCCCAUUGACCUGAAAAUGAUCCGUAAGAGUGUUUGCAGGGCAGCGUUUGACUGAUGCUCUUCGUCUGCUUCGGUGUGUCUGAGGAGCGUCUCAAAGACAGUGAUGUCGUCACUCAUUUGCAUACUGAGUGAUUGGAUUGUGCUUCUGUUCAGUCAUCAUCCUCCCGUCUCUGAUUCUUGUGUGCGGUUAACAGAAGAGUCUUUACACAGAGUCAGAGCCUCAGACUGUGGGCUGCCUUGCAAACACGUCACAGUUUGUCCUUCAGAAAUGCGAAUCUGAUGCUGUCCUUUGUAAAGAUUGAGAGGUUUAUUUAUUUGACUGUUCUGAGUCAUUCCCCAGAAACACUGGGCUCAUCGUGAACGAUGAAACACCGACAGCAGCCUUUACUGAGCACUGUGCUUAAAACGUGAUUUUAUUAUCCAGCUUCUCUUUGUUGUGUUAACAAAUAUAGACGUAUUCUAUUUGUUUUUUUUUUUCAUUUUAAAGGACAUAAUGUUUUACUACAAAGGCUUCAAGGCGGUUAUGUGUCGACCCUGUUAGCUAAAAUCAUGUACGGUUUCAUCAUUCAGAAGCGGUUAUAUUUUGUCAGGUUUGUCCAUCGGGGAAAUCUCAAAUAGUCAGUCCUGUUUCCAUGAUUUUGUACCGUAAACAACAAUGCAGUUAAAAUUACUGCUGCACAGCAGAAGACUGUGGAACGACCGGACUAUAUUUUACUAGAUUAUUUGGUCAGCUGCAUUUUCUGCUGUUUGUUUCUCCCCCGUCUGUCUCUGAUAUAACCAGCUGAGAUCCACUGGUUCUCAGUAACUGCUUGCACCCAAAGACGGAUCCUGCAUGAUGCUGUUUGUAAUGCACAUGAGCAACACGAUGUGAAACUUGAAUCCAGUCGACGUGCCUUGCUGAAAGAUGCUGGUGUGACGCACAGCACACUGUAGUCUAGUUCUCUACAUUCAGUGUUGAGCGUUUGACCCGUUUUUACCAUUAAAUAUUUUUACAGAUUAUCUGCCGAGCACUUUGAAAUGUUUCUUUGAUCCGAAGCUGUUUUAAAGUUGAUCUGUCCAGCACUUUCAGACGGUUCUUUGUCCAGAGCCUGUUUUCGAGUAUUAACGAGUUUGUAAUUUCUGUCGAUUCUAAAGAGAGCCCUGGGUUUCAUAAUGAAUUAUUGCUAUUGUGUCUGGUGGACCAGUGUGUCAGACGCACAUCUGAAUAAUUACAGUUUAAUACUGAGCUUAAUAACUGAGUUUAAUACUGGAGCUUUUGAACUGAAAUGUUUAAGAACCAGCUGUUGGUUUGUUAUUGUGUAAAACUCCUGCCUUGAUGGGUUUCCAGACGUGUGUGUGGAAUAUGAUGAUAUGGGGUUGAAUCUUGGGAACAGUAGUAAUUUUACACAGGUUUGUCACUGAUGCAUUAAAACGGUUCUGCCACCAUUUAAACUGCUCAUCAUAAAUUAUUAUUAGUAUUCAUGCACAGAGAAAUGUGUAGUGGGUUCAGUUCUGUUAUUUUUCUGUUCAUUUGUAUCAAUAAUGUUUUGUCAUUUCAAGUCUGAAUUCUUGCAAAAUUAUGCCGUCAUAGAAAAGCCAUUAAAU